AAGACUCCAGAAUCUCAAAGAACAACUCAUACCAUCUUACAACCACCCAACCAACACGACAUCAGUCAAAAUGUCUCCCGCCACCUGUGGUUGCAACUCUUGCUCCUGCGCCAGCUGUGCCAGCUGCUCAUGCUGCGUACGUUCACCUCCAUUGCCCGACCUUCCCAAGCUUUAUUUGGAUGAAGCUAACUUGAUACCUCUUCCCGGUCUUGCAGACUUCUUGCGGCAAAUAAGCUGCUCAACCUACAGCCCAAGGUUGUUGCAUAGAUCGUCAAAGGGUUGACGAUGGCGUUUACGUUGGCUGUUGUGGGUUUAGAGGAUUGGUGAUGGCGUUUGCGUUGAGCUGAGAUUGGGCGGGUUGCUUUCGAGGCAUAGACAGGCGAGGGUGAGGUGCAUGUAGUUCGAAUUCUUUUGACAUUACUGCAAUAAACCACACUCGUUUGGCAUUAAUUACAAGAUGUUUCGUGAAAGGAAUAUCAUAUAUAUAAAUUG